AUGCGGAUGCGAACGGUUCGCACUGAGCUGGCCAAUGCUGCUGCCUUUGUCCACACCUUCACCCUUUCAGGGAGUCCAGCCGGGGGGAACCAGCCGCCGGCUCCUGGGGGGUUCCCGGUGUACCCCGGCCCUCCGGGGACCUAUCCUGGCUCACCAGCACCACCGGGGACCUAUCCUGGAGCAGCGGGAUUGUAUCCUGGAGGACCGUACCCAGGAGCACCCGGAGCAUUCCCUGGAGCACCAGCAGGAGCAGGGCCGUAUCCUGCCCCGGGACAACCGCCCAGUGGCCCUGGAUUUGGGCCCCCUCCUCCGCAGGGGGGACCGGCUCCUCCAAUGAAAGUCCCCUUCGAGCUGCCACUGCAGGCAGGACUCGUCCCUCGGCUGCUCAUCACCAUCACAGGGACCGUCAACCCCAACCCGAACAGGUUUUCACUGGAUUUCAAGAAAGGGAAUGACAUUGCCUUCCACUUCAAUCCCCGCUUUAAGGAAGACAACAGGAAAGUCAUCGUCUGUAAUUCAAUGUUCCAGAAUAACUGGGGAAAGGAGGAGAGGACAGCUCCUAGGUUUCCCUUUGAAGCUGGAAAACCCUUCAAGCUCCAGGUCCUUUGCGAGGUGGAUCACUUCAAGGUAGCGGUCGACGAUGCUCACUUGCUGCAGUACAACUUCCGCGAGAAGAGGCUGAACGAGAUCACCAGACUCUGCAUUGCUGGGGACAUCACCCUCACCAGCGUCAUGCCGACCAUGAUAUAA